UACCUGCAACAAAAGAAGGAAUCAUCUUUAAAUCACUGCUACGCGGUACGGUUUCUCUUUGUUCUUUGACGGCAAGUCCUGCUUUCAAUUCUUGGUCGUAACCACGGAUGAGGGUUUCCAAGUGCUGGUUGGUGACGCGAAACAUAUCUUGCAGCCUCUCGAGAGCAGCCUGUUGCUGAGGUGAACCGUGCAUGAGAGAAGCAGGUUGGGCCAAAGGAAGUUCGUUGUUUGCAUCGCGCGGAAUAGCCGCAGAAGAAUACGACGAUCGAGUGGACAUUAAAGAAAACUGGAGAAGCGAUCACAGAUUAGAGUUGGACGGUGGAGGGCGGUUUUUUUUUUUUUGGCUUUCAGCUUCAACAAAAGGGUGGGGGGAGGGAAAGGAAAUUUCGCACUCAUCGGAGCUUCCCUAUUUCCACAAUUUGCCUCGCUCAUCCAAAGUCAUUGUCACACUCACGUGCAACGAUCACUUGAGUUUCCAAGAGUGGCAUUUUUCUUUCUUGUUCCGGGUCGGCUCGUCGGACCUAUUCUCAAUCAUCCAAUCACAUCACACGCAUCGUUCAACCAAAAAGAAAAAUGCGGCAUCGUCGGAGUCUCUGCAUUGCAUGUUCCCAAAGGUCGCGGCAAAACUUACUGGACACUUUAAGGCAAGGAACACCAUGACCCAUGCAGUGAAUUCGUGGUUUUUUUUGUGUAUUUGCGCAAGAAAAUAACUGAUUAAAAGAUCAAUUCCCUUUUACAUCGCUUGAUUCUGUCCUCUUUUUUUUUCUUUUUUUUUUUACCAGCUUGUCCUUGAGGCUUUGACCAUCUGCUUGGGAAAAUCAAAAAAAGGCAUGGAUGAAUCCUGUAUUAAAGACUUUAUGCAAUGAACAGAGGUCCAAUCAGUGGCAGAUUAAAAACAAAUAAUGAUAAUAGACAGGGAAAUAGAGUGUGAAUUACAAUUUUUACAUAGAAAGGGCUUGUGGAUCUGAACGCGAGUCUGGGACUUUAAGUAGAGAAGGGGGAGAACAGAACGU